GCUUCAUAGUUUUGUAUCUUGUUGUCUUUGUCUAUCCAUUUGUGCACGAUUUUGAAAGAGUUUUUCUAUUAUAAGGGGAAUGUUUCGCUCGCACUGUGCAUAGCAUUUUGCUGAACGCGGCUCUAAUCAAUAGGGCAAAACUAUCUUUAAUUGGUGUAUCUGUUGAUCAGACAUUGUAUUACGUCGUGAAUAACGCUGGAUAAUGUUCAAUAGUGUUCAAUAAGGAUGUAAACUAGUAAAAUCGACAUACAACAAUAUUUGGCGUCGUGAAGCGAAGUCAGUAUCUCAAAAUGAGUAAAAGACGCCGUGCAUCUUCGGUGGCCUCCCGAGGAGCUGAUGGGGAUGACAGUGAUGACGGCAUCGAGCUGAGCAAUCCCGGUCCUCCGCCAUCUACUCGCAAACGCAAGAAGUUAGAUCCAGGUGAAAUUUGCCAGCAAUUGUAUGACACCAUACGAUCAUACAAAAAGGAAGACGGGACUUUACUUUGUGACUCUUUCAUAAGAGCUCCUAAGAGAAGACAGGAGCCUCAGUACUACGAGGUUGUCUCACAACCAAUUGAUUUAUUAAGAGUACAGCAAAAGUUAAAAACAGAUACAUAUGAAGACAUUGAAGAGUUGUCUGCUGAUAUAGAGCUUCUUGUCAACAAUGCUAAAGCCUUCUACAAGCCCGACACAGUUGAGUACAAGGAUGCGAUAGAACUUUGGAAACUGUUUGCCCAAACUAAAAAUGCUCUGGAAAAUGGUGAAGACAUUAAAGUACCCAAGUUGUCUCGCACCGGUUCGUCCAGCCGACGAUCAGAUGUGGCCGAGGAUUUGUCCGAGACCUCCACCAAUAAUGAGGAGGAUAAUGUGUUUGAAGAAUUGUUUAGCGCUGUAAUGUCAGCAAACAGUGAUGGGAGACCUCUAUAUCCAGCAUUCCAGUUUCUCCCAUCAAAACGCCGCUACCCAGAAUACUUCAACGUAAUCGAAUCUCCUAUAGACUUGAAGACCAUCGCACAGAAGAUACAAGGUGGAGAGUACACUAAUCUGAUUGAUUUGGAGAAGGAUUUACUGCUCAUGGUUAGAAAUGCUUGUCAUUUCAACGAACCAGGCAGUCAGAUCUAUAAGGAUGCUAAGACUUUGAAGAAGUUAAUUAAACAGGUCAUACAAAUGCGUAAGCAAGAGAUAGAUCAGCACGGCCGCAGUGGUCCGGCGAAGACUUCGGAACGCAUUCGCAGUAAGCGGACCUCUCGCGUAGGGCCGGUGCCCAACAGCAAGGCUCUGGCUAUCAUGGACCCACCGGGCUCUGACAACGAGCCUGAUGUGAAGCAUUCAGACGACAGUGCUGGCGACAGUGAUGAAGAGAAAAACGAAAAUGAAGAUUCACCGCAGUGGAAACUGUUGGAGACAAUUAAAAACCACUUAGGACCCAACGGUGCGCCUAUGUCAGAAUCGUUCUGGAAGCUUCCGUCACGGCGUGAAUAUCCUGACUAUUAUAAGGAGAUCAAGAAUCCGGUAUCUUUAAAUCAAAUCAAGAAUAAAAUAAGACGUGGCAGUUACGGUACCCUGUCGGAGGUAGCUGGCGAUAUGAACAUCAUGUUUGAAAACGCUAAGCAGUACAACGUGCCCUCCUCCAGAUUGUACAAGGACGCCGUUAAAUUACAAAGGAUCAUGCAACAGCGAGUACAAGAGCUGUUGGACAUCGUGCAGAGCUCGUCAAGUGAUGACGAAAGCCUGUCGUCUGUCAAGAACCAGGCACAAGUACAAACACCGAGGCCUAGAGAUGUCCGUAAAGGUCGUCCCCGUAUCAAUCCGGUUCAGGCAGCGCCCUCCCCUAUCAGCACCCCGAUCAAGUCCAACCUCCCGCUGAAGAAGAAGCUGCAUUACGUAUCGAAACAACUCGUUGAGUUCACCUGCUCAGAUGGAAGACAACCAAUGUUGUUGUUCAUGGAGAAACCCAGUAAGAAAUUGUAUCCUGAGUACUACAAUGUGAUUGAAAAGCCUAUAGACAUGAUCACAAUUGAAACUAAUAUUAAGAACGACCGCUACAAUUCCAUCGAUGAAAUGGUCUCCGACUUCCGCCUAAUGUUUUCAAACUGCCGCCAAUUUAACGAAGAAGGUUCCAUGAUAUACGAAGACGCGAACCUUCUAGAACGAGUCAUGAAUGAGAAGUUGAAAGAGGUUAAUAGCAGCUUCGAGAGGAAGACUCCUUUGAAGACUUUCAAGGCGGCUAAGUCCCGCCAACUGUCACCGUUUGAGCAGAAACUGAGGACUCUGUAUGAUGCUAUCAGAGAUUAUAGGGAUCCUAAGGCAAACCGCCAGCUGGCCCUGAUCUUCAUGAAGCUACCAAGCAAAACCGAGUACCCUGACUACUACGAGUUAAUCAAAAACCCCAUAGAUAUGGAGAAAAUAGCCCACAAGCUCAAGAACAACGUUUACAACUCUGUUAACGAGUUGGCGUCGGAUUUCAUUCUGAUGUUCGAUAACGCCUGCAAGUAUAAUGAGCCAGAUUCACAGAUAUACAAGGAUGCUUUGAUCUUACAUCGCGUGUGUCUUCAGACUAAGCAGAUGUUGAGGGAGGAUGACGAUGCUGUACCAGAUGUGCCGGCCGCUGUCCAGGAGUUGUUGCUGAACCUCUUCACGAGUGUCUACAACCAUCAAGACGAGGAGGGCAGAUGUUACUCCGACAGUAUGGCUGAGUUACCGGAACACGACGAGACCGGCAACGGCGAGAAAGUUCGCGCCAUCUCCUUAGACCUGGUCAAGAGGAGGCUGGACAAAGGAUUGUACAAGCGACUUGAUCACUUCCAGCAAGAUAUGUUCGCUGUUUUCGAAAGGGCCCGCCGCCUGUCCCGCACGGACAGCCAGAUCUUCGAGGACUCAGUAGAGCUGCAGUCGUACUACAUCGCGCAGCGGGACGCGCUGUGCCGCUCCACGCUGGCGUCGCCCGCGCUGGCCUUCACGCGCGACACCAUGGCCACCAGCGUCGAGCUCGUCAAGCAGUGCAAGCUGCUGCAGGAGAACGAGGACGAGGACGAGACCAGAUCUAGCACAGACGACUCCAUACCACCAGGUGGCGCUCCUUUACAACAAACAGCGUACACUAAAGGGGACUUCAUAUACAUACAGCCGGACAAAGGGAACAAGGAGCCCGGUAUCGCGCAAGUCGAGCGCGUCUGGACCAACAACGAUGGCGUGCCUUGUGUCUACGUUAAUGUGUAUUUCAGGCCCCAGGAAACGUUCCACGUGCGCACGCGCAAGUUCCUGCAGCAGGAGGUGUUCAAGACCGAGGCCCACCGCGUGUUGCCGCUCGACCACGUCGCCGGACACUGCUACGUCAUGAACGUCAAGGAGUACUUCAAGUUUAAACCUGAAGGUUUCGCCGACAAAGACGUGUACGUAUGCGAAAGUCGGUACAACACCAAGUUGCGCUGGUUCAAGAAGAUCAAGGUGUGGGAGGGCGCCGAGAAAGAGGCCACACUCAUUCCUAGAGAGGUGCCACUAGAGCCGAGUAGAACGGUAUCGGUGUUCCGUGAGCGCGUCGAGAAACACAAGGAUGAACUCGCUGAGCUGGAAGUGCUGGAGAAUGUUCACGAGAAGGAGAGGCCGGACGUAGUGAUGUACAACCCGCUGGGAACAGACGAUGAGAACACGUACUACGAGCAGUACAACACCGUCUGUUCCGGCGUUAUCAAGACGGGUGACUACGUGUACGUGGUGACCGACGGCGGCAAGCAGAUGAUAGCCCAAGUCGACACUAUAUGGGAGACUGGAGACAACAAGUGUUACUUCCGCGGUCCGUUCCUCAUCUUCCCAUCGGAAGUAGCAAACAUAAUAAACAAGAGUAUGUUUGAUUUUCAGCCUUUCUACAAGCAAGAGGUGCUGUUGACCACGAUCCACGAUACGAGCCCACUUGUGGGCAUCGUGGGCAAAUGUUCCGUUUUGGAUUAUGAUGAUUAUCUUAAAUGCCGACCGACGGAGAUAGCAGAGAACGACAUAUUCGUGUGUGAGUCGGUUUACGACGAGUCCAACCGCGUCGCUCGCAAGCUAAAGGCGGGUCUUCGCAAGUUUGAACAUACCAAAGAUGUGACUGUCGAUGAGAUCUACUACUUCCCGAAGCCGCUGGGACCGCCGCCGCUGGCCACCGCGCAAGAGGUGCAGUCCACGUCCAGCGCCUUCACGCAGAAGCAGUUCAACCAGAACGUCAACUCUAUGGACUCCAUGGACAGUAAGCCUCAGUUCACGAACCUCAUCAACACGACUAUAGGCAGUCAGGAUGUGGAGAUGAUUCUUGAAAAUUCGCUUGACGACUCCUCUCUCGCUUCACCUGCUACGCCCCUAUCCAUAGGUGGUAACAGCAACCCAUACAACCCUUCAAUGACAGCGACGCCCACCCAAGAACGCUCCAGCACGACAACAGCGCCGGCUAGCAGCAAGAAGAAGAAAGACAACAAACAGAAGAUAGUCACCGGCUACAUUCUGUACUCCAGCGAAGUUAGGAGGGCCAUCGUAGCGAAUAACCCUGAGUCGACUUUCGGCGAGAUAUCGAGGAUAGUGGGGAACGAGUGGCGCUCGCUGCCGGCCUCCACCAAGCAGAGCUGGGAGGAGCGCGCCACGCGCUGCAACGAGGAGACCUCCGCCAGGCUCGCCGAGGAGAUGAGGGAACUCGCCCAGCACACGCCGAUGGAAAUGACAUACGAAUGCGCUUGGGACACCUGCGACUAUCAGUUCGAGGAUCUAUCUGACUGCAUGGAACACUGCAUCGGUGAUGGCGGGAACAGCGUGUCGGCAGCGGGUCACGUGCAGCAGCACUACCGCGGCUCGCUGAGCGAGUACCCCUGCGUGUGGCGGAACUGCGCGCGCGUCCGCAAGGGACAGGCGCCCUUCCCCAACCUGCCGCGCCUGCUGAGACAUGUCCGCGACCUGCAUGUCAACAAGGGGAAUGGACGGUUGAUGGCGGUGCAUGAGAGGUCACGAAACUUCGUGCCCUCCUCGAAGAAACCGCCCAAACAGUUCAGCACCAAUGUACGUAGCGGCGUGAUGUCACCUGGAGCGUCCCUGUCGGGCAUGUCCCCUCUAGCCCGCAACACGCCGUCCCCGGGCGCGGGCGAGGCCUCCCUGUGCGCGGCCCCCGCGGCCCCGCGCCCGCACCUCGACCCGCUGUUCGUGGCCGCUCCCCCCCGCGCGCAGAGGCUCACGCACUCAGAGGCUUACAUCAGGUACAUCGAAGGCUUGCACUCCGAGCAGAAAUACAUAACGCCGUGGGAGAAGUCCCUGACCCCGAUGCCGAUGAACCCGGACCCGGCACAGUUCAACAUGCAUAAGGUGCCUGCCCACUGGAUGACCGAGGAAGCCAUUACCGGCUACCUGGCCCAGGACAAGUCACUCUCGGAAACCGACAUACAGAAGAUGGAUCAGAAUUCAAAGAUCCUCAAAGGACUUUGCGCUCUAAGAGAUUUCAUGAUGAAAGACGCCCUGUAUAUAUCUAAAUGCGUGUAUAGUAAUAACAUUUGAUUGUCGGGCGAAGGGUGGUUCUUAUGUUAUUGCAAUAGUAAUUGUAUUUCAUGGUGUAAGGGACAUUGAACCUUAUGUGCUGUAGAUUUUUGAACCAGUGUUGUUUUUUCAAAUAGCUCCUGUUUUAUUUUUAUUCAUUUCAUAAGGAAAGAAAUAAAAGGAUUUCUCGCCUACUGCAACUUACUACUAAAACCAAGUAGCACACACAAUAUAAAGUCCACUUCUUUUGAAACACAAAUGUUACCUCUCUAUGUGAGGUUUAAGCAAAAAUGACACAAAUCAAUUUUGUGGUUCUAUGUCUUUUACAUCCAAUAUAUUUUUAUAACGAAACAUCAUGCAAAAUCAUGUUGUUUAAAUGUUAAAGAAUCUGUGUAAUUCAGUACAUUAGCAGUUACACUUCGACGUUUUCUAUUGAAUCAUCUUGAUCGAUAAUGAUAAUGAUAUCAUAACUAUGGGUGUAAGUCACGUUUUGUUUUCUAGUUCAUAAGACAUUUUUCUGCAGUUGUAUAACACUUCAUUUUGACAGUACAUUACAUAUUAGAUGUUCAACCAUUCAUAUAUGAUAUAAAUCAGUCAAGGAUUUAAUACUAUAAAUAAUAGAAUAUUAGAUUGACAAAUCAGUCCCAUGUGUUGCUCUUAGUAUCAGUAACAAUCAUGGGAUAUUUCUCAAAUACUUGUGCAUGUUACCUAUUUGUAAUGGUGACUUUAGUUUAAGUAUACUUUUAAAAUUAAGUGAGGAUACCUUGCUGUUAGAGGAUAAGAGAUCUGUGACCUUUCGUGUCCUAAUAAAAGUAUUAAUUAAUA